AUGUUGUUACAAGUAAUGGAUGGAGACAUUUUCGAGCAUUCGCCCAAUCUGAGGGAUAGACUGACUGCAGUGCCGGAGUCGAGAUUUUCUGGUUACGGCAGAGUUGUUCAGUUUGCCAAGUUUCUUCUAUUCUCUUCACUCUCUGGAGGCUGGGGUUCACAGCUUGCGUUAAGUCAGGGUGCCAGUACAAUGCUUAAAGAACAUCUUGAGAAUCCAAGCUUGGACCAAGAGACCCGAGACGCAAUACAAUGUGCGUAUGACGGUCUAGUAUCUUCAGAUCCACGCAAAGCUUGGACCUCUGGGAUAUGGGUGACCGAAUUGCCUUCAGGCAGCGAUUUCACGGGUCUGACUACGGCUGAAUUCCAAGCGGAUAAUGAUGGAAAGAGGUUAGGAGAGUUGAAGUUAGGUCACUGGGCUCUCUAUGGAUCUAAAUUCUACGCCUCCGGACCAGAUGCCACAGUUACGCUUAUUCUGGCAAACACCGCGAAAGGACCUUCAGCAUUUCUUGCUCCACUUAGAAUACCAGUGCAAGACCAAAGUGGAAGAGCCAUUUAUGUCCCCAAUGGCAUUAGUAUACGAUGCCUGAAGAAAAAAUGCGGAAGUACUCCUGUUGCGGUGGCAGAAGUCGAACUCAGCGGGAUGCGAGCCUGGCUGAUCGGACAAGAAGGACGAGGCGCGCGUGAAGUACUCACGUUCCUGACAGUUGCCCGUAUGUUUGCGUGCGCUGGCACCCUGAGCGCUUGGGGACACAGCCUCAGAGUUGCUCGUGCAUUUGCCAAGGUCCGUCGCAUUGGGAGAAAGCCACUGAAUGAGUUGCCGCUUCACAUGCACAGUCUGGCCAAGUCUCACUUGGCGUACAAGGCCAGACUUAUGCUGCUGUUGUAUCUCUCCGGUCUUUUGCAGCUAAAUGAGCAGAAGCAUAGUGGUGAUGAGACAUUACCGUUCUGUGUCGGCUUAGACGCGACUGCCGAGGACGUGGAAUUGUUAUUUCGAUGGCUAGUCCCGGCUGCAAAGGCGUUCCUUGGAGGGUUGGGAUAUAUGGAGAAUGAAGAAGGCGAGUUCAAUAUUGCUCGGCUGUAUCGAGAUAUGUCAGCUGGUCCUAUUGUAGAAGGAACAUCGAAUGUUUUGGCAGCUUAUGCCAUGAAUCUGAUAGAGGGUAAUAAUGGCUCAACGACUUUGGCGGUUAUCGAUACAGCUGUCUUUGCCCACAUCGAGUGUCAUCAAAAUUUGGCCCUCGAAAGGAAGCUGAUCUUAGAAUCCUGGAGUCGAUUGAAGCUUGUACUCUCUGACGGCUCAAUUGAACACAUAGGAGCGGCAGAGAGCUUUGCGCGACACAUUAUUGAUCAUAUAUGCGCCGCUCUGUUGAUUACAGACGCGGGAAGAGAUGGUGAUGAAGUGGCAUGCGAGUUUGCAAAACGAUGGGGUUUGCAAGUGUGCGGUGCAACUGAGCACUACUACAAGAAAGUAGAGACUCCGGGAAAGUUAUUGUUGGACCAGAGGUUGUGCUAUGGAAGCUCAUACCAGCAUUAA